AUGUAUUAUUUAAUCUUAGCAAUAGAAUUAUUCCAUAUUAUAAAGAUAGAAUCUUACGAGUCAAGUCUAUAUGAAUACAGAAUAAAUAGAAUCAAUUCGAGAAGCACUGAUUCUCAAGAUGAAGAGAAUGAAAUGAAAGAGUAAAUGAAUGCAUGA